AUGGUCGUCCACAUUUGGAGUUUUAACAUUAGUACCAGAGACAAUUCAACUUCGAAUCAAAGCUCCAAUGUAAGCUUUGGGGACGUUUUCAUACCACCCCAAGAUCCCUCUAGUCUGAGCAGAACUGGCCACACGGUGGUGGCAGUUUUCCUCGGAUUCAUCUUGCUUUUUGGACUGUUGAACAAUCUUCUUGUUCUUCUCAUCUUCGCAAAGUUUCGCUCACUAUGGACUCCUAUAAACCUAAUUCUACUGAACAUUAGUGUGAGUGAUAUUCUCGUGUGUAUGUUCGGAACACCCUUCAGUUUUGCUGCUAGCCUCUAUGGAAGAUGGCUUUUAGGACAUCACGGCUGUAAAUGGUACGGUUUCGCCAAUUCGCUUUUUGGCAUCGUCUCUCUGGUCUCUCUGUCUGUCCUGUCCUAUGAGCGCUAUGCCGCUGUGCUGUCCUCGUCUAAGGCCGACUUGUCAGACUUCCGUAAGGCUUGGAUGUAUGUGGCCGGAUCCUGGCUCUACUCACUGGUGUGGACCCUACCGCCCUUCCUGGGCUGGAGCAGCUAUGGACCAGAAGGUGCUGGCACCUCGUGUUCGGUGCAGUGGCAGCAACGCUCGGCCAACAGCGUGUCUUAUGUGGUCUGUCUGUUUGUCUUCUGUUUGCUCCUGCCCCUUCUGCUCAUGGUCUACUGCUAUAGCAAGAUCCUGCUCAUCAUCAGAGGGGUGGCGAAGAUCAACAUUAUGUCAGCGCAACGUCGGGAGAACCACAUCUUACUGAUGGUCCUGACCAUGGUGUCCUGUUACCUGCUGUGCUGGAUGCCUUACGGGGUGAUGGCUCUAGUGGCCACGUUUGGCAAGAGGGGCCUGAUCACCACCACGGCCAGCGUAGUGCCCUCCGUCUUGGCCAAGAGCAGUACCGUGGUCAACCCUGUUAUCUACGUACUCUUCAACAACCAGUUCUACAGAUGUUUUGUGGCCUUCGUGAAGUGCGGAGCGGAGCCGCAGUCCAUCCAUACCCUCCAGCCUCAGCAGAGCAGCCGGGAUGGAAACCCCACCCUCUGCACCUGCAAACCCACAGAGCAGACUCUUCACACCCCCACCCCUAGCCACACCCACAGCCACACCCACCCUGAACAACAACAGAAAGAGACACGUGCCCUGUCCCUAGUGGUCCACUACACACCCUGA